GAAAACUUUUCAUUUUCGGCUCACAGAAGACAGAAGAAGAAGACAGCUCCGAUCCUCAAAAUCACAGUUACGUGCUUCUUGGAGGUAGCUCGAUUUGAUAGAUCUAUCAUCUUACAGAUUGCCCAACCUCUUUCAGAUCUCCGUCAUUUUCGUUUCUUCUUUAUCCUUCAGUAUUUCUACGCCUAAUCUUACUGAAUAGAAAAAAAAUUGUGCUUUAGAGGAAAGGGGGAUUUCUUGUUGCUUGGAGUUUGUUUUUAAGACAUUAAUGUGUAGGACCUGAUGAAAUGAGGGAUGUUAUCAAAGUUGAUGAACUUCUUCAAGGCCUGUUGGCAGCAAUCUUCAAAGAAUGGAGGGAAUUCUGAUGCUGCUGGAAAACAAGAUGGGCUCCUAUGGUAUAAAGACAGCGGGAAACACAUAUGUGGUGAUUUUUCUAUGUCUGUUGUCCAAGCUAAUGCUUUGCUGGAGGAUCAAAGCCAGAUUGAGUCAGGUAGUUUGAGUUUGACGGGUUCUGGUCCAUAUGGAACUUUUGUUGGAGUAUACGAUGGCCAUGGGGGGCCUGAAACGUCGCGCUACGUCAAUGAUCACCUUUUCCAGAAUCUCAAGCGGUUUACAUCUGAACAACAAUGCAUGUCAGUAGAUGUGAUUCAAAAAGCGUUUCAAGCUACUGAAGAAGGCUUCUUAUCUGUUGUUACCAAACAAUGGAAUAUUAAACCCCAGAUUGCAUCCGUUGGUACUUGCUGCCUGGUUGGUAUAAUCUGCAAUAGAACAUUAUAUAUUGCCAAUCUUGGUGAUUCACGUGCUGUUUUGGCAAGAUAUGUUAAGUCUACAGGGGAGGUUAUUGCCCUUCAGCUGUCAACGGAGCAUAAUGCAGCGAUUGAAUCUGUUAGACAAGAAUUGCAGUCUUUGCACCCAGAUGAUUCAAAAAUUGUAGUGCUAAAGCAUAAUGUAUGGCGUGUAAAGGGCCUUAUACAGAUUUCGAGAUCCAUAGGUGAUGUUUACUUGAAGAAAGCUGAGUUUAACCGGGAACCUUUGUUUUCCAAAUUUCGCCUUCGAGAAACCUUUACUAAGCCAAUAUUGAGCUCCGAACCGUCAAUUACUGUGCAAGAAAUCCAGCCCAAUGAUCAGUUCCUUAUAUUUGCAUCAGAUGGUCUCUGGGACAACUUUAGCAGUCAGGAGGCUGUUGACAUAGUUCAAAAUCACCCUCACACUGGAAGUGCCAAAAGGUUAGUGAAGGCAGCCCUUCAAAAAGCGGCCAAGAAAAGAGAAAUGCGGUAUUCUGACCUAAAGAAGAUCGAACGUGGGGUCAGGCGUCAUUUCCACGACGAUAUAUCUGUAGUUGUCGUGUUUCUAGAUUCUGACCUUGUGAGCAGGGCCAGCACCAUCAAGGGGCCGACCCUGUCCUUGCGUGGGGCUGGCCUCGGCCUGCAUGCUAAAAAAUGAGCACCAACACUCUCCGGACCAGGUAACACUUGAGAGACUAAUGCCUCUUCCUUUCCUCUACUGCAUUUCAUAGUUAAUUCUUUAUUUUAUUAAUGUAAUAACAGUUUAAAUGAUUGUGAUGCCUGCUGUUAUGAUAGCUGCUAGGUUUCAGAAACAGAAAUGUAGGAAAUUAAAGAAUUGUUCUUGUUUACACGGAAAUUACACAAACAUGAUUGAUAUG